AUGGAUCUUCGCGUCGACAUCGUCGAGACGAGGCUCUGCCUGGACCAUCGCAGGCGGCCACCAGGUAAGUUUACCCACAGGUAAGUGAGCUUGCUUUGUUUCUUCCUUCUGUUUGUUGAAGUUCCGCGUCGUACGCUGCGCUUGCUGCCUGCCCUUUAUAUGCUAGUCUCUCUGCUAAUAGCUAAACGACACCCUCGAUGCCUGCUGCGACUGUCUGUCUGUCAGUUUAUGCCUCUCUCUGCUAAUAGCUAGGUGUAACGGUGCCUGACUCUGUGUGGUGCCCUCACUUUGUCUCUGACUGGUUACUGUGUCCGCUUGUCCACUCUAGUUCUAAGUCCCAUAGCGUUAGGUAGUGUGUAUGCUCUCUCCUACUUCACUCCAUCAAAUCAUCACCUCUCCACCAAGGUCCCAGGCUAAUUCGGGUCGUUCUCUCACUAAUAAAAAGUCGUGACCCAUAGUGGAGUCCGGCAGCCGUCUGGGAUAACCGGGCAGCCCUGUUCAGGGAUGCGUUGCCUGCCCCCGCGAGGGGGAGGGGGCUAGAAAAGGUGCCCUAAAGAUCGCUGGGAACCACGCUGUCUGUAGGCAGGCCGUGGCCGCAGACAAAAAACACACGGUCGAAACAGCCAAAACCGAAACAACAACAACAACAAUCACUCUCUUCAUCUUCCGGCCUAUUCUUCUUCUUCUCCUACUCCUACUUUUCGCCGCCGCAGUCGCCAGACUGACAGGGUGAGUCCGCUCACUCUGGCAGCCUGGAAUGUUCGUUCCCUUUUAGACAAUCCGAGGAGCAACCGACCGGAACGGAGGACGGCGCUAGUGGCACGAGAACUGGCGCGCUAUAAGGUGGACAUCGCCGCACUCAGCGAGACCCGAUUCUCCGAACAAGGCCAACUGGAGUAGGUGGGUGCCGGCUACACCUUCUUCUGGAGUGGCCGACCCAGGGCAGAGCGACGAGACGCGGGUGUCGCCUUCGCCAUCCGGAACGACAUCGUGGGACGACUACCCUGUUUGCCACAGGGAAUCAACGAUCGCCUGGUGAGCCUCCGUCUGUCUCUCCGCCGGGGUGGGGGCACAUUCGCCACCAUCAUCAGCGCCUACGCUCCGCCGAUUAGCAGCCCCGACGCCGCCGCAAGAGACAAGUUCUACGAGGAUAUGCACCUACUCCUGGCGACUGUGUCGAAGGCGGACAAGUUGAUUGUCCUUGGCGACUUCUACGCCCGCGUCGGCACAGACCAAAUUGCCUGGAGGGCAGUGCUGGGUACUCACGGUCUCUGCGGCUCCAACGACAAUGGUCUGCUGCUGCUCCGCACCUGCGCAGAACACCGCCUCAUCCUAUCGAACACGUUCUUCUGUCUGCCGGAGCGAGAGAAGGCCACCUGGAGGCAUCCUCGGUCGCGUCAGUGGCACCUGCUGGACUAUGUCCUCGUCCGGAGGCGAGAUCAACGGGACGUGCUGGUGACGAAGGCGAUCGCGGGUGCUGACGGGUGGACCGACCAUCGCCUCGUCAUCUGGAAGAUGCGUAUUCGCCUACAACCUCGCAGGAGACCACAAGGUAAGCGACCCCCAGGUAAGCUAAAUGUUGCCCUGUUGUCUUUGCCCGCUCACCGUCUUCAUUUCAGCACUGAGCUAGGUCAACGGCUAGACAACCUCCCAAUCGCCGAUGCCGCCACUGCCGAGAACGCCUCCCUCUCUGCGUGCGUGGCCGAAGUCUGUUAG